GCUCCUCCCAGUCGUGCCCCCGGCGUCUCCGGCUGCGCUCCCGGUCCGAGCGUCCCGCCGGGCCCGGCCGGCUCCGGCAGCUGCGGCGGGCGGGGCGGCGCGGGGGGAGAGGAACCGCGUCUCCCCCCGAGCGGGCCCGGCGGUGGCAGGUGAAAAAUCCUAAAGAUGAACAGCAAUGCACUACACGUGUCUUCAAAGCUGCCUUGGCUAGAAGUGGAAUGUAGUUUCCUGACAGAUCUUCUUACAAGGAAGUUGUAAAUCCGUUCUAAUGGCCAACAAGAAAGAGCCUCCUUUUUUUAAUAAAGAUAAUAUGGGACCAUUUCACUACAAACUUCCUUUCUAUGAAACUAUGGAGCUCUUCAUUGAAACGCUUACAGGAACCUGCUUUGAACUGCGAGUUUCCCCCUUUGAAACAGUUAUUUCUGUGAAAGCUAAAAUUCAAAGACUGGAAGGUAUUCCUGUCUCUCAGCAGCACUUAAUUUGGAACAAUAUGGAACUGAAGGAUGACUAUUGUUUGGAUGAUUAUAACAUUUCAGAAGGCUGCACUCUGAAGUUGGUUCUGGCUAUGCGAGGUGGACCUGUUAACACCAGAAGAGUUCCUGUGAAAGAUCCUAUCAGGGAAAUGGCUGAAUACAUGGAUCCUGCUAGAGACAAGGUGUGGGAGAAAGGGCCGUCCAACAAACAAGUCACCUUCCUCGUGUAUCGCGAAGGAGAUCGCUUGAAUUUCUUCCGUGUGGUUGACCGGGGCGAUGGCACUUUAACACCACUGUCUGAAUCUUUGAGUUCAUUAGAGGGUGAAUACAAACUUUCUUUUAUUUUCAGCGGUGGUUCAGUUUAUAAUUUAUAUGCUGAUGAUGAAGAUGAGACAGAGGCAUCACCUUCUGGCCAACAGAUUAUUGAGAAUUCAAUUACUAUGAACAAAAUGAAACUGCUCAAGGCAAAGAUGGAGAACAUGAAUCUGAGUAAAAAGCCUAAGAAAACUGUCAAGGUGAAGCCUCGGCCUCCCAUGACUCCUCGACCAUCGAGUGGCUCGGUGGCUGCUGCCCGUCACCGCUUCCUCAGAGUGCUGCCCCACAUCGGACAAUCGUGCCUACCUCCUCCCGGGCAUUUGCAUCAGUCAGAGUCUCCCCAAAACGCACUUUCAGCACUGGCUACCUUGGCCACUGCUGGUAGAACAAUGCCAGCCACUGCUAAUCACUUCCUUAAGGAAGAUGACACUUGGCAGAGCAGCUCUUGGUCUCAGCCAGUCAAUAGCAUCAGGUUACCACCAAAAAUAUCUCGUGUUGAACUAGAAAAUGCAAAGCUACCUACAAAUAGUAUUCUGACUCCUGUUUCAUCCCUGCCUGCAAAUUCAGAAAAAGCACCUGAAAAUCCAACCUCAGCGAGUGAGGAGGAUGCUGUUUUGUUUCCAAACCUAACAAACGUGGAACUAUAUGGAAAAGAAGAACAUCUACCUGAACCAGAUGGUUAUGCUUUUUUAACAGAAGGAAGCACUGCUGAACAGUGUAGUGAGAUCUAUGACAUAGGAAAGGUGAACCCAGAGCUUGAACUGCCUGAUGGAGACAAAGAUUCUAAGGUUGUAGAGCAGCAUAGCAAACCUCUUGGCAAAGUGCUGAGCACUGCAGCAAUGGAGACUGGUCUUCUCAGUACUCGUGAAUUAGGUCCUCAGAAGAAUCUGCUGUUGUCUCCCCUGCGGUAUUCAGCGCAAGUGGCACACCACAGUGCCCUGAAGCCACAAGCACAGCCCAGGUGCUUUGAGGCUGGUAACUUGAGAUCUGCAGCCUCCCCAAAUGUGCUUCGAUCAUUGGAAGUACGUAGUAUAGCAGACUCCUCUUUUCCUAGGACCACUAGAUUUUGUAGUGUGAAAGUAGAGUCACUUGGCAAAAGACCUGAUGUAAUUUCUAAAGCAGAGACUAGGGACAUCACAGAUGUGGCUAGCAAGACACCCAAAGAACCUGCGAGUUCUGUAAGUAACUUAGGAUUUCUGGCUUCGCUGGCCCGAAGCACAAACAGGGAAAGUUUACAGAGUUCCUGUGGGACUGACGGCUUUCGGACUUCUGGUAUUGCACUACCUGCAAGCCUGCAGCAUUUUCAGGAAGAAAGCUUUAGGAAAACUGCUCCUCCAAAUGAAGCUGCUGAAUAUAUUCUAUCUGCGCAUGGGCUUGGAAUGAAUGGAAGUAUGGCAGCUGUAGGGAAAAGAGUAGGUGAAGCAACCCAUCUUCCACCUGUGAAUGGCUUAAUUCAAGCAAAAAAGAAAAUUUCAAAGCACUGCUUUCUUUGUGGCAAGAAAACUGGAUUGGCAACCAGCUAUGAGUGCAGAUGUGGAAACAACUUCUGUGCGACACACCGCUAUGCAGAGACUCACACUUGCACCUACGACUACAAGAGUGCAGGACGGAGAUAUUUACAGGAGACCAACCCCAUCAUUAGUGCACCAAAGCUUCCCAAAAUUUGACAUGGUUGUGCUGCAUGUGGCCGCUCUGCUGUUGAGGAAUUGUACUGAAUUGAGAGAAGCACUUGCUUAAACUGCAUCAUUUUGCCAUGCUCCGUAUUUAAAGAUUUGCCAAGUAACAAAAGCACAUGAGGAUGCAUCGAAGAAUAAUGUGAACACUACUGCAGUUAAAACUUUUCUUCUUGAGUGAAUGAAAGGUUAAAAAUUCGUUUCUGAAAACUUACACUAUGAUUUAACUGUUACUGCACGUGUUGUGUUUUAUAUUUGGAAAAGCUAUUUCACUAGACAAGUCUUUAAAGAUGCACUUUACUAACUUUACUGUAUAACCAGAGUUGAGGGGGUGUUGUAAUGAGGGUGUCACGUAAUGUCUUCUGUACUCUUGUUUUUGUCCAUUGUGUGGUAUCUUCUAAGUUAUUUCACUAGAAAGAUCCUCCUCCCUCCCCUUUCUUCAAACAGCCUGUUUUGAGAUUUUAAGGGGAUAGUGUGUUCCACCCCUUUGUUUCAUUCUGAUUGAUAUUCGUACAUUGUGUGUCCAUUCUGAAAAUUACAUAUCACCUUAAUCACAUUUUCUUAAAAUAAUGCUGUUUAUAUGACAAGUUUGUUUUUAAAUAGAAGGUUCCCUGUUUGUUGCCAUUAAAUAUAAGAAACAACUUAUUUUAACUUUUUUUGUAAUCCUAGAUUUUUUUAAGACUUCACAACUUGCUUUGUUAAGAUGUUGAAUGCUGUUACUGGAAGAAAUUCUAAUAAAUAUUAAAUUUUA